AUGUCCAAACAAGCAGUUAGCGCGCAGUUCCACCUCCUCAAGGCCCUGAACCGAUGGCCCAAGGACACUCUUCGCCCGACAGUGCAGCUCCAAGAAGUGCUUAAAAAGAGAUUCGAGGCAAAGGGUUCAGGUUUAUCGGAGCAAGAAAAACUCAAGCAGGCCAACGCCUUGUACUCGUUAUUGGACAACCGGUAUAAGAAAAAGUACCCGAUCCAUGGCGAAAACUCCCUCAUGAAGCCCAAGAGCAACCCAACAUAUUUUGCCGAUCUCGUCCGAGAAUUAGAGGAAGCACCGAACCGAUCAUGGUUGGACAGGACCCUGUUGCGACUCAAGGGUAUCAUCCGUCUAAAGCAAUAA